AAUCGGUGGCUCCAGGAUUUUACUCAGAAUGACAUUAGGAAGAGAAGUGAUGUCUCCUCUUCAGGCACUGUCUUCCUCCACUGCAGCUGGCAGAAAUGUUUUAAGAUGGGAUCUCUCACCAGAGCAAAUUAAAGCAAGAACUGAGGAGCUCAUUGUGCAGACAAAGCAGGUGUACGAUGCGGUUGGGCUGCUCGACGUUGAGGAAGUGACAUACGAGAACUGUCUGCAGACGCUGGCAGAGGUAGAAGUGAAGUAUAUAGUGGAAAGAACCAUGCUAGACUUUCCUCAGCACGUAUCCUCUGACAAAGACGUACGGGCAGCAAGCACAGAAGCAGACAAAAGACUUUCUCGUUUUGAUAUUGAGAUGAGCAUGAGAGAAGAUAUAUUUCAAAGGAUUGUCCAUCUACAGGAAACCUGUGACCUGGGGAUGAUAAAGCCAGAAGCCAGACGAUACUUGGAAAAGUCAGUUAAAAUGGGAAAAAGGAAUGGACUCCAUCUUCCAGAACAAGUACAGAAUGAAAUCAAAUCCAUGAAGAAAAGAAUGAGUGAGCUAUGCAUUGACUUUAACAAAAACCUUAAUGAAGAUGAUACCUUUCUUGUAUUUUCCAGGCCUGAACUUGGUACUCUUCCUGAUGAUUUCAUUGACAGUUUAGAAAAGACAGAUGAUGACAAGUAUAAAAUUACCUUAAAAUAUCCACACUAUUUUCCUGUCAUGAAGAAAUGUUGUGUCCCUGAAACCAGAAGGAGGAUGGAAAUGGCUUUUAAUACAAGGUGCAAAGAGGAAAACACCGCCAUUCUGCAGCAGCUACUCCCAUUGCGGGCCAAAGUGGCCAAACUCCUUGGCUACAGCACACAUGCUGACUUUGUCCUUGAAAUGAACACCGCAAAGAGCACAAGCCGCGUAACAACCUUCCUAGAUGACUUAAGCCAGAAAUUAAAACCCUUGGGUGAGGCAGAACGAGAGUUUAUUCUGAGUUUGAAGAAAAAGGAAUGUGAAGAAAGAAGUUUCGAUUAUGAUGGGAAAAUCAAUGCCUGGGACCUGCAUUACUACAUGACUCAGACUGAAGAACUCAAGUACUCUGUAGACCAAGAGUUCCUCAAAGAGUACUUCCCAAUUGAGGUGGUCACUGAAGGCUUGCUGAGCAUCUACCAGGAGUUGUUGGGACUCUCUUUUGAGCAAGUGGAAGAUGCUCAUGUUUGGAAUAAAAGUGUUACUCUUUACACCGUGAAAGAUAAAGCUACAGGAGAAGUAUUGGGGCAGUUCUACUUGGACCUCUAUCCAAGGGAAGGAAAAUACAAUCACGCAGCCUGCUUUGGUCUUCAGCCUGGCUGCCUUCUCCCUGAUGGGAGUCGGAUGAUGUCUGUGGCUGCCCUGGUGGUGAACUUCUCCCAGCCAGUAGCAGGUCGUCCCUCUCUCCUGAGGCACGACGAGGUGAGGACUUUCUUCCAUGAGUUCGGUCAUGUCAUGCAUCAGAUUUGUGCACAGACUGAUUUUGCACGAUUUAGUGGAACAAAUGUGGAAACUGAUUUUGUAGAGGUACCAUCACAAAUGCUUGAAAAUUGGGUGUGGGACAUUGAUUCCCUCCGAAAAUUAUCGAAACAUUACAAAGAUGGAAGCCCUAUUUCAGAUGAUCUGCUUGAAAAACUUGUUGCUUCUAGACUGGUCAACACAGGUCUUCUAACUCUACGCCAGAUUGUUUUGAGCAAAGUUGAUCAGUCUCUCCAUACCAACCCAUCACUAGAUGCUGCAAGUGAAUAUGCCAAGUAUUGCACAGAAAUUUUAGGUGUUGCAGCUACUCCAGGCACAAAUAUGCCAGCUACUUUUGGACAUUUGGCAGGGGGAUACGAUGGCCAAUAUUAUGGAUAUCUUUGGAGUGAAGUCUUUUCCAUGGACAUGUUUUACAGCUGCUUUAAAAAAGAAGGGAUAAUGAAUCCAGAGGUUGGAAUGAAAUACAGAAACCUAAUCCUGAAACCCGGGGGAUCUCUGGACGGCAUGGACAUGCUCCAGAAUUUCUUGCAACGUGAGCCAAACCAAAAAGCAUUCCUAAUGAGUCGAGGCCUGCACGCUCCGUAAACAGGGAUCUCUGGUAGCCGUCCAUGUCUGGGGGACAAGUCGACAUCACCAUGUGUUACUGGCCUGGAAACUGAAGGGAGUUUUGCAAAUGCACAUUUAGAUUUCUAUUGAUUUCCUUUUGUAUUUUUAAUUUUUUUAAUUACACAAAUGUAAAUGGAAUUAUAAAUACUGUGACCUAAGAAAAGACCCACUAGAAAAUAAUUAUACUAUAAAAUUUCAUAAAAAUGGAUUUGAUGUCUUUUUAUAAAAGUUUCAUAUGAAUGUAAUUUGAUUUUUUUACUAUUCUAAUCUAGUUACUAUAAUGUAAGAGGGCUAAGGAUUUUUAAAUUGAAUCAUAUACAUGAAAUAAUUUGAUCCUUCUUAUAGCUUGAAGUUUUGUACUUGGGAUUUCUAUGAUAAAUGAAUCAUCACGUUUCUCUGGUAGGUACUUCUUGGAGUCUUGCUUCAGCUUGGAUCCCUGUCUCACAGUCAGGCGUGACCCCACCCUUGCCUCAUACCUUAAGGCCAGAGGAAAACACAUUUAUCUUUGCAUCUCAGGCCUCAUGGUUCCUGACUCUCUGGCACACUUAAAUUAUGUUCUACCAUUUCGAUUUGUCUUUUCUGUCUAAAGUCCAGUCAGAGUAUCAAAAAAUGAUGAGAUUUAACCAGACUGGUGUAAUGGACAUUGUAAAUUUUUGUAUCUUUCCUGCAGGAUUUUAUACUUUGACUUAGAGGCUCAUUUCCACUUCAGCUUCUAAGAUUGUCAGUCCUUUGACAUGUUUACAAUUAGAAUGCAAAAGCAAGUCCAAGAAUAUUUUUCUAUUCUCAUUUUCUAAUUAGCACUAGAGACUUGCCUCCUUUACUAAGCACCUUGCCCAGAGAGGCCAGUUGACAUGUCCCAAACAACUAUUGAAGAUGCCAUGGGAGGAGAUUGAAGGUGCCAUGGGAGGAGAGUGGAAGCUGAUGGGGGGUUUAAGAGUUCAGAAACUCCAGGAGAGAAGUGAAGUCUGGCCAGAAGCUUUGAGGACAGCAGCCCUGAAUUAGAACAUGUGCUUAGACCCCUGUGGGAAAGAGCUCUUCCAUAGGCUUUUUUUUCUGGUGAUUUUUAUUUUAAGUGAACCUUUGGAUCUUUCUUUAAUCCUUCUGAUUGUGGUCCUAAAUCCAAUUCUGCAACAGACCUGUAAACUCACAGUAUUUAUUUUUCUUCUGCAAGUCUACUCAAUAAAAACCGAGAUAGGAUAAUUCUUCAUAAACCACUUUAAAUGUACGCUGCGUAGGUCUUCCAGCUGUUUCCAAUAGCUGAGGUAUGACUUUGAUGGUCAGGGACAAAGUUAGAACCUAUGUAUUCUCCAAUCUAGAUGGACUUUGUGCUAAAUAAAAGAAUUACUAUGUUACAUAAUAAAAUGAUAGACAACAGAAAAAAUCAAGAGUUAUAGCCACCCAGAAGGUGAUUCUAGGAAUAUAAUUGCCAAGCAAAUACCUUAAGAUAACAUCCACGCGAAAUCCCCUCCUUUCUGAGAGUUUGCUUAGCCCUUCUCCCACCCUUCCUCGGUGUCACGGCCUCCAGUCCCCAAAUAUUUUUGUGGUCUUAGCAACCUAUGCUAGUUUUCCCAUAUUUUUUCCCCAGAUUCUUCUAUUUUCCAGUUUCAGACCAAGAAAAACAAAACAAAGACAAGAAAACUCUCUUCAGCUUUUUCUAUUUCCCAGUAUGUCUCUCUAACAAUAAAUAACCACUACUUUAACUCUCAUUUCACAUGGGAAAAAACUAAUAAUUGAUAUGGAAAAGGCUACACACAAUAAAGUUAUAUUAUUAUCCACAAAAUAUGCUCACAUUUCUUUCACACUUGUAAUGUUAAAACUGAAAUGCUUAAGAGAGCAAUAGUGCUAUGAUGUUCUUUUUAUGUAGGGCCUACCUCUAAUAAAAAUCUACCAAAGAACAGCAACAACAUCAAACACCAAACAAAAACUAUUCACUAGCGUAAGUCAAAAGUAAGGACUGGCUUUCUGAAGCCCGUUUGCAUGUGGCCGUUCAUCUGCUUGUUCUUUCUCCUGGAUCAGAGCAUAAAGUGUCACUGAGGCAUUCUGGUGAGUCGCUAUAAAAAUUGUCACGGGGCAGAUGUACACUUCAGAUUUAUGGACUGAGUCAUGUAUAAUAAAGUCGCUCUUGGUCAUAGAUCCAGGAAAUUUAGACCUGUU